GCCGCCACCCCUCCCUCCCCAUCCCGCUGCCGGGCGCCGCAGACCCCUGCCUCGUCUUCUUCCACCGUAGUCCCCUUCGAUUCUCUCGCUCCCGACCUCCCAUCACCCCACGAACCCUUUAGCUCCCCGUCAUAAUCUUCCCCAAUUCGUAACUCAAGGUAGGGGUUGCUGUAGCUCAUAUAUCCUCCGCCCGUGCUGUAGCUCAUUGAUCCGUCCCUGAGCUGCUUGCCUAGCCCGAGAGCUGUGUGACAGGAGAUGGCGGCGUUCCUGAGGUCCAAGUGUUCGUCAGCUUGUUCCGAAAUAUGCGUUUGAUUCAACCCAUGUAAGAAGAUGAUAACUUGGGAGCCCGUAUCUAUUGGGCGUACCCUGAUGGGAAGCCUUGGAAACAAUCUGUAUGAGGGUGUUAACUCGUCUGUUGAAUCAGUGACAAGGCCAGCUCAUUGUGAUGCUAUCAGCCAGCAAAUCAGAACAUUCAUCCAGAUGAGAACCAACCUCAAGGUGGUAGACAACUCUGGAGCCAAGCGGGUUAUGUGCAUACAGUCCUUGAGGGGGAAGAAAGGAGCGAGACUUGGGGACAUGAUAAUUGGUUCUGUGAAGGAAGCACAACCUCGUGGCAAGGUCAAGAAAGGUGAAGUGGUCUAUGGGGUUGUUGUCCGUGCUGCCAUGAAGAAAGGACGCAAUGACGGCAGUGAGAUCCAGUUCGAUGACAAUGCCAUAGUCCUGGUGAACAACAAAGGUGAGCUGAUCGGCACUCGUGUCUUUGGUCCUGUUCCCCAUGAGCUUAGGAAGAAGAAGCAUCUGAAGAUCUUGGCGUUGGCUGAGCACAUAGUUUGAGUCCUUGCCUGCUUAGUCAUAUCGCUGUCAGUUCCUUGGAGUCGGGAUGUUUUGGUUGCCUCUUGUUGUUAGUGUAUUCUGCCUUUUAUUUUCAUCAUUCUGUGCACAAGAACGUACUCUAAAUUUUUCUGUUCACAAAUGUUCAGUUCGUACGUUUACAUGGUUUCCUAUGAUUUCAAUCCUGUGACUUGCAGACGAUGUACUCCCAUUUUGACCACCGUGUUAUUGAAAAAGAAAAGAAAACGCUUCCAUUUUCACCA